AUGGCCGGUGAGCGCAGAGAUUGCUCGCGGCCAAACACUCGUCUUGGCAAGGUAAUCCAAAGGUUAGCGGGACCGCGGCGGUGUCGGGUUGGCAAGAGAAUGAUCGCGGCCGCAGUACUCGUGGCCAUGGAGGGAAGUAAGGGAGGUAGUAAAGAUACAGCAGAUGCCGGAAUCCCGACCCUGUGCUCCCAGGGGCGCAGCCCAGGCA